UCUUCUAAACGGUACCCUCUGGAUUGAUCUGCUUAAGGUGAAAGAAGCCUUCUCAAUCUCCUCAAGAUCAUCGAGAAAGGGCCCAAAGUCGCGGAAUCUUGCUUUUCCUACCUCAAAAACCAGGAGUCUACGGUUUGUUCUCAUAUGAGCAUCCCGUUGUCCUUCAACAAGGGAAGUUUAUCGGCUACCCACGUCGUAGUAACCGCUAAAAUUGGUGAAGCUUGAUCCAUCCUCGCCAUUUCUGGUGUUCUGCAGAUGGGCAUGAUCAGACGGUUCGCGUUGAUCUUGUUUAGUUAUCUUGCUUCUUUGAGCGGUUUUACCGUAGCAAAGUUUGUUGUCGAGAAGAAUAGCUUGACUAUAACAUCUCCGGACAGUAUUAAGGGGACUUAUGAUAGCGCGAUUGGGAAUUUUGGUGUGCCGCAGUAUGGUGGAAGCAUGGCUGGGACGGUUGUUUACCCGAAGGAAAAUGGAAAAGGGUGCGAAGUAUUUGAUCAAUUUGGCCUUUCUUUUAAGUCCAAGCUUGGCGCCCUCCCCAACUUUGUGUUGGUUGACCGUGGAGAUUGCUUUUUCGCGUUAAAAGUUUGGCAUGCUCAAAAUGCUGGAGCUGCUGCUGUACUGGUUGCAGAUGACACCGAGGAGCCGUUGAUAACUAUGGACUCACCAAAAGAGGAAGAUGAAGCAUUAAAAUUUAUUGAGAAUAUAACAAUCCCAUCUGCUCUUAUUUCUAAGGCUUUUGGUAAUGAAUUGAAGAAAGCCAUCGGGCAUGGUGAAAUGGUUAAUGUAAAUCUUGACUGGAGAGAGGCUGUUCCACAUCCAGACAACCGAGUGGAAUAUGAGUUGUGGACAAGUAGCAAUGAUGAAUGUGGUCCUAAAUGUGACAUGCUAAUGGGCUUUGUGAAGGAUUUCAGAGGUGCGGCACAAAUUCUUGAAAAAGGUGGUUACAGUCAGUUUACUCCUCAUUAUAUAACUUGGUACUGUCCCAAGGCAUUUGUACUAAGUAAGCAGUGUAAGUCCCAGUGUAUCAACCAUGGACGAUACUGUGCACCUGACCCCGAACAGGAUUUCAGUCGAGGUUAUAAUGGGAAGGAUGUGGUGAUCGAAAAUCUAAGGCAGCUUUGUGUAUUCAGAGUUGCAAAUGAAAGUAGAAGACCAUGGGUCUGGUGGGAUUAUGCUACUGAUUUUCAAAUUAGAUGUCCAAUGAAAGAAAAGAAGUACAACAGGGAAUGUGCUGACAAUGUGAUCAAAUCUCUUGGACUUGACCAAAGGAAGAUAGAAGACUGUAUGGGAGACCCAGAAGCAGAUUCUGACAAUCCUGUUCUGAAGGCAGAGCAAGAUGCACAAAUAGGAAAAGGUUCCAGGGGCGAUGUGACCAUACUGCCUACACUUAUAGUGAAUAAUCGUCAAUAUAGAGGGAAGUUGGAUAAGGGUGCUGUUCUGAAAGCUGUAUGUGCUGGUUUCCAGGAAACAACUGAUCCCCCUGUUUGUCUGGGUUCUGAUAUAGAGACAAAUGAAUGUCUGCACAAUAAUGGUGGGUGCUGGGAAGACAAGGCAUUAAAUAUCUCUGCAUGCAAGGAUACGUUCCGUGGAAGGGUAUGUGAAUGUCCGCUAGUUCAAGGUGUACAAUUAGAAGGAGAUGGUUAUAGUUCUUGUGAAGCAAAAGGUCCAGGAAGGUGUCAAUUCAAUAAUGGUGGCUGUUGGCAUGAUACACGAGAUGGUUUGACUGUCUCUGCCUGUUCGGACCAAACCAUUGGAUGUCAGUGCCCUUCUGGCUUCAGAGGUGAUGGUGCAAAGAAAUGUGAAGAUAUUGAUGAAUGCAAAGAGAAGACAGCUUGUAAUUGUCCAGGAUGCCGCUGCAAGAACACGUGGGGCAGCUUUGAGUGCCAUUGUAGUGGGGACCUCUUAUACAUCAAGGAACAUGAUACCUGCAUAAGUAAGAGGGCUCAAGAAGAAAAGAGUAUGUGGAUUGCUGCUUGGGUGAUUUUGAUAGGACUAACUGUGGCUGGUAUAGGUGCAUAUAUUAUCUAUAAAUACAGAUUAAGGUCGUACAUGGAUUCAGAAAUCAGAAGCAUUAUGGCGCAAUACAUGCCUCUUGAUAACCAAUCAGAGGUACCAAGUCAUGUGCAUGAGGAGCUUAAACAUGCUGAAACUAGCACUUGACAUCCUGUUACUUUUUGAUCCAUUUCUGUGAGGGCGUCCUGUCAUGUUAAAAUAGCUGCUGGAGUACAUAGCUUGUUUGUGCCUACAUGGUACUUCAGUUACGGGCAUAUACUAAAUGGCUUCUUACUGAAAAGUUUUACAUUGUGACAUUCAUCUGUAACAUGAUGAAGAUGAUUUGUGUGCUUACA